AGCUUCCCGGGUGAAAUGCUGCUUGUGCCUUCCUCCUGUGCAAGAGCACAGACCCACGGGCUGCUGUCCUCCCGGCUCCUGUGGGAUUUAUGCUUCUAACAGACAUCAUUUAGAGGCCCACAGCAAGCUCGGAUGCGCUCUCCCUGGCUAUAACUACCUUCUUGGAGGAGCAAAUAGUCUGCAAACCCCUCCUGGGUCAGGCACAUCAGGUAACAGGGAACAUGUUGGGUAUGGGUUGAGACUCCACUAGAGAUGCUCCUUCCUUUCCCAUCCCUGUUGCCUCUGAGCCCCACAUCAACCACCUCCACAGGGAACCACCCACAGGCUCUUGGGGCUGAUAGCUUCCUGAGUGAUUGCACUAGGAGUGUAGCAGUGGUCAACCACAGAAGGAGUGGAGAUAGCAAGGGAAAGAAGAGAGAGUGAUGGGGGAGAAGAAGAGAAAAGGGUGGGGAGAUGAAUUACAAUAUCCCAGAUCCAGCUACUGCAUCACUGCUGGAUCCUUAUUUUGGAUUUUCCUGGGGCAGGUGGAAUGGGAGCAGACAGUAACUCCCCUCCUCUGCCCAGUAGAGAGCGAACGUGCUGCUCUGGGGAGAGUAACCAGACUAGAUUUUCUGUGCUGCUUGGUCAGAGAAUUGGUAAAAAUCAGUAUGUAUGAUGUUGCUAUACACUUGGUGAAAUCUGGCCCCUGCAGAUUCAGGAGAUUCACCCAUGAUUUUUAAUCCCAGUUGCUUUGAUUCAAGAAUUUCAUUCACAUGUUCUUGGUAAUACUAUUACUUCAACCCUCUGCUGUCUUCCAAAGCACCUUGUUUGGCUGUCAGGGAAAGACGUCUCACUAGCUGAGCUAUGAGGUCUGAUCCGAUCUUGCAAUUCUCUGUGCUGUUGUUUGGCUUCAGGUUGUAUCUCAUGCCAAACUAAGUGCGUUGUCAGGGCUUACAUAAUGAAUAAUACACGACAAUAAUGGCCCAUAGCUACAGCUGUUCUUGGGGAGAGGGUUGUCAGGUUGGCCAGUCUGAUCACUAGUAUAUACACAAUGCAGUAGGUUCUGGUUAUUUGCAUAGCCUCUUUUCUCAAGAAAAUUACAUAGCUGGACUAUGUUAAUAAACAGAGCAGGACUUUAAAAAAAACACUCCAGGGGUGUGUAGCAUAAUUAUUCCAAACAUCUCAUAUGUAACUUAAUAUAAUGUUGCAACUGCUUUAUUUGAAUCAAUGCAAACCACAACAAAUACAAUAGACGCAGUAAGUAAAACUAUGAAAUAGCAAAACAGUUAAGAUAGCUCAGAAAAAAACAAAUGAUCUUAUGAAAACAGUGCAAACAACAAAUACAGUUAACUCAGGAAUAAAAUAAGAUAGUACAGCAGAUACUGAGAAAAUGCAGUUCUUGUGACACGAAAUGUUAUCUUUGUCUGCAAACAGCUCCUAUUUUUUUUUCUCAAGACAAUCUUCCAGUUGCUAAAAACAGGCAACAUCUUCAGAGAGAUUCUCUCCCAUAAACUGGCAAAGCGUGUGUCGAACUUUACUCCUGUCACUGGCUGAGCCAAGUGCUUCGGUAUCACCAUCUUUAUUAGUAUCAUCCAUGAUCCCUGUAAGCUUCUUCUAACAGACAGCCUCACACAGCCCCAUGGGUGUCCCAUAGCAGACCAGUUUGUCAUUGUGGGAAAUAAUAUUGGGUAAAUUCUCUCUCUCUUACUUGCCAGGUCAGAAACAUCAUCUUCAUUUGUGCCACCUGUUCCCUGCUUUUGUAUCUGUGAGUAGCAUAAACCCUGCCUGGUGAAAACACUGAUGAUGUUUGUUUCCUGUUUUUCUAGGUUUUAUUGAGCAAAUGUUCAUUUUUCCACCAUUUCAUGGGCACUCAUGUCUGAGCUGAGAUUCAGUUAACCAGUCUUGGGCUAUCUUUUUACUAGUUUUAGCUAGUUCUGACUUAGGUGGUAAACCAAAAUGUAUGAGCAAGUUUAAUGGUAUAGACAGUAAAUGUUUUUGUCCUACGGGAAAGCAUACAAACAACUGGAGUCUGCAAGCAACAGAGAAGAAUUAUCCUGCUCCCAAACUUGAUGCAAACUCCUGGAUGGAAGAACCAAGGGGUCCCAAUAAACGAGGUUGCAAGGAAACCUUGACCAGUGCCCACACAGGCAACGGCGUGGAGAGCCAGAAUGAGGACAAGCCCUCGCAUGGAGCCUCUGACAGGAGAGCUUCUCAGAUAACUGUGCCAGAUAGACCUGAAGGUGAGCUGGGAGUAGACCGAGAGACUCAUUGUGGAUCAGAAAAACACCAGAGACACCACCCUGAGAAGACACCAGGAGAAUCCCCCCAGCAAGGAGGGAGGGAGCAAGACAGCACUGCUGGGCCUCCCACCCACCCAGAGGGGAGACCCAAUACAUGUGCCGCCUGCGGGAAGAGCUUCCCCAAGAGCUCGUCCCUAGCCAUACACCAGCGCACGCACACUGGAGAGCGCCCCUAUGCAUGCCCGGACUGUGGCAAGCGCUUCUCACAGAGCUCAACCUUCCUCCGGCACCAGCUCAUCCACACAGGCGAGAAGCCCUACGCCUGCCUGGACUGCGGGAAGAGCUUCCGAGUCAGCUCCCACCUGGUGCGGCACCGGCGCGUGCACACGGGCGAGAGGCCCUACGUCUGCACAGAGUGUGGGCGGAGCUUCAGUGUCAGCUCCCACCUGGUGCAGCACCGGCGUGUGCACACGGGCGAGAGGCCCUAUGCGUGCCAGUGUGGGCAGAGCUUCAGCCUCAGCUCCCACCUCCUCCAGCACUGGACCAUCCACACAGGCGAGAGGCCCUACCAGUGCAUUCAGUGUGGGCGGAGCUUCACCAUGAGCUCUGCCCUCAUCCGGCACCAGAGACUGCACGUGGGGGACAGCCCCUGCCAGUGCGCCCAGUGUGGGAAGUGCUUUGGCCGUGACACAGAGCUCAGCGAACAUCAGCAGGUCCAUGCAGGACAGCGGCCACACACAUGCGCCCAGUGUGGGCGGAGCUUUGGCGCAAGGUCCAAUCUCCUUCAGCACCAGCGCACUCAUGCUGGCGUGCGGCCAUACCAGUGUGCAGAGUGCGGACGGAGCUUCAGCCGCAGCUCCAACCUCCUCACGCACCAGAGGGUGCACACAAGCUAGGCUGAGGCCUGGGCAGCUGUGUGGGGGCUGUACCUCUCAAAGACACCAUGUAGCAUGGCAGCCAGGGGCAUUUUCUCCCCUUGGAGCACCAGGAGUUCUCUUCUGCUCAUGGCCUCAAUCCCCUUGGAGCCACUGGGGUAGGAGGAGGUGUGGGAAAGGACAAUGUGGGAGAUAGAAGCCAGGGAAGUCCCUGGUGGUAGGGAGAUCCAUGUGUGGUUUGGGCUGGGUGAGCACAGAUCUGUGAAGAUUGGCUGCUAGCUUACCUGAUCUAUUAUAAUGCCAGUGGGUUGGUCUGGUUAGUUUUCUGUUCGUCCUUUUUACUAGCCAGUUUUGGUUGCCUGAGGACUUCCAAGCCAUGUAGGCUUUGGCUUAGAGCAGGAAGCAAGAGAGUCAAAGAAAGAUGUCUUAAGACUGUCCAAAUGAAGUGAAGUUUUGAGCAUUAAAAGGAGUUCUUGGGAUGAGGAAAAGCAUCAGAGGCUUAACUGAAACUCAUAUGCGUUGGGUUCUGCCUUUGCUUCUGCCAAGGGCCUCAUGGGUGAUUUGGGACACUGGGCCUCAGUUGCUCCAUCUGUAAAAUGGGGAUAAUUUUACUGACCUCCACAUAAAGCACUUUGAGAUCUAAAGACUAAGAAAGCACUAACCAAGAGCUAUGUAAUAGUAAUUCUUAUAUGAGAGUGAGAGACCUAAAUAGCUGGUAUAAAGAGCAGAGCUAGUCAGAAAAUGACAAACUUGUUUUGCAAAACAAAUUAUGAAUGGAGUAAUGAUCUUGAUAGCAUUAACUGUUUCUGUACACAAAGCAUUAGAAACAUUUAUUCUUAAUUUUAAAUGAUACUGCUGCAGAAUUGUUAGUCUGCUACAACAGAGCAGCAGAAUCCAUGAAACUGUGCUGGGUUCUUUUGGCUCAGCUGCCGGAGAGGGGGUGGAGUAUAUGACAUGUCCAAACUUUAGAAUAAUGCUUCCAUUAAUGGUCAUAUUCUGCAUCUGCUGUAACAAAGUGGGGAGUAAGAGAUUGUGUGGUUCCUUACUGUGAUUAUAAUAUUGUGUUCUGAAUAUUGACUACUUAGAGACAUCUCUGUACCAUGAAAAAGGAUGUUUGGGAGCAGUGUACUUUAACAGGGUGCAUCUAUAUAUGCACUUUACUGUGGAGUUGAGUGACUAGCUCUGCAGUAAAUCAUCACUGUCUACACAUGUGCCAGUAUUACGGCCUGGUAAAUAAAUUAACUUCACUGUAAGAUAGUACUGUCCCUGACAGUGGGAGGUGGGAGAACCCAUAGUUUCAGCACUCUUCUGCCCCAACCAGCCCCUCUGCCACCCAAUGCCACCACCUGGAACCCAGAACUAACCUCCCCCC